AUUAUCCUUAAAAUUUGUUUAAUUUGCAAAACCAAAUUAAAGUUCCUUAAAAAAAACGAAAGUGAUUUGAAAAGAAAAAAAAUCGUAACAUUGAGUUCUGGAAACUUACACUUAAUCUACAGCCACACACAUCACAUCCACGUAUAUAAUUCCAAGAAUUAUUAAAAUUUAAACUUAGUUUGUAACGAAAAAUAAAAACAGAACAAAUAAAGCCAGAAACAUUUGCAUUCAAGUCUCUGCAUCUAUAUAAUGAACAAAAGUCGUCGCAUCUCAAGUACAUUCAUCCGGAUUGCUCAGUACGAAAACCAUAAAAAUGACGUUUUCCCAAUGUAUAAUCUCAUCGCGUGCGUUAAGUUCAACAACAAUCGCGCUCUUAGUCAUAAUAAGCUUCAUUGUGAUAAUUUCCCUGCCAAGACCUGCCCACACACAGCCGUUGACGACACAGACGCGACAGGUGCCACGUCAGCGUUACUGCAGCACAUCGUUAUUUGAAGCCAUCAGGACAAUUUGUAACGGUCGUUACAAUUCCCUGUCGAAUGUCUAUCCCGAAAGCUUUGGCAAUCAAAAUCGUGCCAGUCUUUUGAGGCGUUUGUUACCCGAUGACGAUGUCAUUUAUCGGCCCUCAUUUGGCGGUCCAGUCCAUGAGUGUUGUCGUCGUCCCUGUGGCUAUUCAGAACUGCAGUCAUAUUGUGCAGAUUAAAUUUAAAAAAUUAAAUUAAACUAAGAUCAUCGUCAUUAGCAUCAUUUUUUUAUUAUCUUCAUUUGACACAUAUUGUAUUACAUUGUCACCUCAAUCUAAUUCUUUCUCAUCGUGUCUUCCUCUCUCUCUAUCUCUCUCACAUUCAUUUAGGCUGUUUAGUGGUUAAGUUCUAAAUUAAUUUAAGUUGUAUAAAGACAAAAUAUUUGUUAAUAAUUUCUAAUGUUUGUGUAGUAGUUACAUAUGUAUAUGUUUUAUUAGUUUGUCUGUGUUUCGUCGCGACGUUUGCUAUUUUUCGUAAUAAUUUUUUUUCUCUGUGUGUUUUGUAUGAUUUUUGUGUUUCUCCCCCCAUUAUUUUUUUUAGCGAAAUGUUGUUAGCAAAUUUUUAUUUUACAAAAGAGAUUUUUAUAAAAAACAAAAAGAAUAAAAAUUUUAAUGAAAAAAUUCUUAAACAA